UACAUCUAAUUUCACUUCAGGUAAUUGAAAGAUAUCUACUGAUGUACUGCAGUAUUUUUGGGAUUGUCUCCGUGCAUCUGCAGCAUGAGUUUAUGUCAGCAUUGCAACAAAGAUCGGCAUCAAGCUCAAAGAAUCAUCACUCUUGUUUGGCGCUGGUGCUCAAAAGGAUUUGAACUAUCGCGGCUCCUGCUCUUCAGAUUUGGUGAAGAAAGACUUGGCUGCCUAAAAAGAAAGAAGAUAGUUCAAGCUGUGGUCAAAAUUUGCCUAUAUGAGAUAAGUUGUGGUAUUUUCUUGGUAUUAAUAGGAAGAAACUGCUGCAAGUGCACCUAUGAGUGGAGUUGUGUUGCCCAGCUAAAUAAUCCCUGAAGUAUCAAUCCUGAGGGGUUUGAAGGUGUGAAUCUGCAUCAGACGAUAAACAAUCGAGUAUCGUCGAUAUUAAUAUUAAAUUGAUAGGCUUCCCGGUUACAUCCCUCAUCUCCAUGGAACUCAACACG